AUGGCCGAAGCGAUCGAGUCCGGUGCGCCGACGUUCCAAAUCGAAGAUUCCGGCGGAGCCGUCGAAGCGGUAGAGCAGAAGCUCGAGGUGUUCGAGCUCGUGCCGUCGUAUCCCAAUGCGGACGCCUCUGGACAACUAUGGCCCGCGGGACCGAGUGCCACGUACGAUCGAGCGCCUCAAGGGUUCAACGGUGCCGUCUGCCACAGCCAAUUCCUACCAGCGCCUGCUGCGUCCCCUUGGACACCGGUAACUCCCGGGUGGUUUCCAGCCUACCCUGUACCGUACUUCCUCGUCCCACGCCACUAUCCAGUGCCUCCUCCUCCUCAUCUAGCGCCGCAACCACGGCGGAGCGUGCCGUAUUUUCCAGACGGCGUGGUACCCCCAAACUUCUUCGUGCCACGCCUGGCUCCGGCCCCUACCACAUCGGUUCCGAACAUGGUAUUCCCAAACUGUUGGCCGCAACCGCCUAUGGCGACAGUGGCAACAGCGAUCCCGACCGUGUCGUCUCCGAAUUCCCUCGUGCCGGUACAACCUUUCGCGAGUACGGUUCCCAACGUGGCACCACCUCCAACUUUUCUGGUGCCGCAAUCACCGCCUCUGGCGAGAUCAGCCAUGACCCCGCAAGUGAAUGUGAGGGCGUUCGGUGCUCAGGCGCCGUGGUUCGCUCAGCCACCGAUCCCAGCUGGUCCUGUGGUGCGGUUCGGUGCCGGCGGAGCGAAGCCGAGUUCUUACGAAGUGCAACGUUUGCAAGGUGCUCCACUGUUCAUGAUGCGGUCAAGAACGCGCAAAAAGCUGCAGCAGCCCCAGCCUGCAUCUGGGACGCCACCACCUCGUCCCCACCUCCAGCGCUAA